AUGUUCAACUUCCCUCAUUCUUUAACCCUUUGUCCCACACUUACUCUCUCAGCUCCACACUUCUCUCUCUCUCUCUAUCUCUCUCUAUAUCUCUCUCUCUCUCUUGGUUUAUCUCCCUGUUCUGUUGCUUCUUUGCUCUUCACUCUUUUCUUGUUUUGCUUUUCUUUUUUCGUUUUCCCCUCCUUUAAUCAUUCUAAUCUUUCUCUCUUUGUCUACCGUUCUCACUUUUCUCUAACUUUUCAAUAUAUUUAUGGCCUUUUAACCUUUCCUUACCGUUCCUUAAAUUGUAAUCAAAUCAUUCUCGUUUUCUUUCAGAUAAUUGUUCGACAUCGUAUUAUUUUUCAACGGUGCGUCUGCUUACUUUUCCUCUUUCUUUCCUUUAAUAACCUUCCGACUCAAUUUUUUUCCUAUGACAAUCUUCUCUCUCUCUCUCUCUCUCUCUCUCUCUCUCUCUCUCUCGCUCACAGACUCCCGCAAGACGAGAUUUUACUAAUCUCUCUUGUAUUAACAGAAACUUUUCUUUCUUUUUCACUAACUCAAAAGGACGUUUUUUAA